UCCAUUGAUUAUUAUUCGAUAGCCUAAUUUUCUCAACUACUCGAUUAAAUUACACACUCUAAAGUCUAAACCAUAGCCGUUAGAUUUAGGCCUUCUGGAUUUUCUUCUGACUUAAUUUUUUUUCUUCCCGGGGAGUUGUCGACGACGAUGGAGACUGGUGGGUCACGCGAAAGUUUGGAUUUUUAGGCUUUGAAGAUUCCAAAAAAUCUCUAAGAGUUUCAAAUUUUGGAUAAAGGUCGCCUCUUUUUUGGCUGUAUACUUCAAAAGUAAAAUGGCAGCUUCUGUUAGCUUAAGAGAAGAGGAUGAUCCUCUGUUGAAUGAUCUGAGUGAGAAGAAGCAGAGUUUCAGGAGAAAUGUUGUGUCUUUAGCCGCUGACUUGAAGCAAGCAAGGACUCGUCUCGCUGAACAGGAGCGUUCGUGUUCACAAGAAGUCAUCUCGAGGCAGGAAGCAGAAGCAAGAGUUAAGAGAAUGGAAGAUGAAAUGCUCGAACUUGCUAAGGAACUAAACAAGAAAGUUGAGCAGAUCCGUGCCUCGGAUCUUGCUACUGAGAAGUAUGUGAAGGAAGUGGGUGAGAUCAAGUCACAGCUUGCAGCAACACAGGCAACUGCAGAGGCAAGUGCUUUAUCAGCUGCAUCAGCUCAGUCUCAGUGCAGACUGCUCUCCAAGCAUUUGCACGAGAGGACUGGUUCAUUAAAAGAGCAAGAGGACCAAGUAACUCGACUUGGUAAGCAGCUAGAGAAUCUACAGAAGGAGCUGGAAGCUAGAGAAUCUUCACAGAAGCAGCUAAGAGAUGAGGUUUCGAAAGUUGAAGGUGUUGCAUCAGUGCUACUAGAGGAAGAUUCUCCAAAGAAUUUUGAAAGAAUCGAUAAACUUUUGAAGGCUAAAGAUGAUGAGAUAGCGAGACUGAGAGAUGAACUGAAGAUUAUAUCGGCUCACUGGAGGUUUAAGACACAGGAGUUAGAAGAUCAGGUGGAGAAUCAAAGGAGGAUUAACCAGGAGCUUAAAAAGAAGGUGCUGAAGCUAGAGUUUUGCCUUGGCGAAACACGCAUCCAAACUCGAAAACUUCACAAGAUCGGAGAGAGAAACGCUGUGGCAAUACAAGAACUCAAGAAGCAACUAGCUGCAAAAAAACAGCAUGAAGCUGGUCCUUUUAAUAACCAAAACUUCUGGGACAAGUCAGGUUUCAAGGUUGUUGUCUCCAUUUCGAUGCUGAUAUUAGUUGCCUUUUCUAGGCGUUAAAUUAUUGAAAGAAUUCAUUUAGACUAUGUUAAAGUAGAUAGAACAACACCUCUUUGUUACAACGUCUGAGUUUCUGCUUUGGUCCUAAAGAGAGAAGGAAACAAAAGGGAGUUUUCUGUA